AUGAAUCAGCAAGCUAAAAGUUGUUAUUUAAAAAGCAAUGACAAGGCACUAAAGACAGUGUAUUUACCACAUAAAAAGUCAAUUAUUUUGGGUCGUUCUCCAGAGACAAAUAUCACAGAUACACUGUGCUCUAGACAGCAAGUGCAACUGUAUGCAGAUUAUGAAGAGUAUAAAGUCUUCAUUCAACAAAUCGGACUUAGAUCCUGUGGCUUUAAUGGCUUUAAAACAAAUAAAGAUGUCAAAUUUAUAGCCAGUCAUGAUGACUGUUUAGAAAUGUUAUAUGGCAAGCAUGUUUAUCAAAUUGAAUUUAAUCCUCCACCGGUGAAAACCUUUCUUUCCAAGAAACGGAGUAGAGGCUCAGGGAUGUCCAAUGAGAAUGAAGAAAAUUCUCAUAAAAUAGUUAAAACAGAAGAUGACAAUAAAGAUGAAAAGACUCAAGAAGAGGAACCACAAACAGAAGUGAAACAUAAAAAAAAUGAUCAGGGUAUUUUAAAGUAUAUCAAAAAAAAUAAAACAACGUCAAAUGAAUUCAAAGAGGAAGAUAAUAUGAUAGAUUUGAACAAUGAACAGAAUAUGUGGGAAAGUAAAGAAAGCGGUGCAUUGUUAAUAUGCACAACACAGGGAGUGGAAAGUCGUUCAAAGAUAGCAGCAUAUGAUAUGGAUGGAACUUUAAUAAAAACGAAAUCUGGCUUAGUAUUCCCAAAGGAUUCUGACGAUUGGCAACUUAUAUAUCCUGAUGUGCCAAAAAAGUUGCGCAAAUUCCACAAUGAUGGUUAUAAAAUAGUAAUUUUCACUAAUCAAAAAUCCAUUGGAUCUGGAAAAGUAAAUCCAAAAUCUUUCAAGAACAAAGCUAGAAAUAUAGUACAAAAGAUUGGUGUUCCAAUGCAGAAGAAUGACUCUAUAUCUAUUGAUAAAGAUAGUUCCUUUUACGUUGGGGAUGCGGCUGGACGACCAAAAAAUUGGGCUCCCGGUAGAAAGAAGGAUCAUUCAUCAGUUGAUCGAUUACUAGCAUUUAAUUUAGGUUUAAAAUUCUAUACUCCAGAAGAACAUUUUCUCGGACACAAACAGGCUCAAUUUAAAUUGCCCACGUUCAAUUCAAAAAAUUUAUCAAAUGGCGAGAUAUGCUCAGGAAGCAAUAUAACUUCAAGCAAUCAAGAAAUCAUUCUAAUGGUUGGUUGUCCUGGUUCUGGAAAAUCACACUUUGCAAGAAAUUAUUUAAACCAUUAUGAAUGCGUUAAUAGAGAUACUCUGGGAAGCUGGCAAAAAUGUAUUACAGCGAUGGAAAAACAUUUAAAUGAGAAAAGUUGCGUAGUUGUAGAUAAUACUAAUCCUGAUUGCACGUCAAGACAGAGAUACAUUGAAGUAGCAAAAAAAUACAACAUACCCGUAAGAUGUUUCGUUAUGUCGACAAGUAUUGAUCAUGCAAAACAUAAUAAUAAGGAAAAAUUAUCAAGCACCAAGCUUAGAUGAAGGUUUCACAGAAAUUGUUAAUAUAAACUUUGUCCCGAAGUUUCAAAAAGAAGAAGAUCGUCACCUUUACGAAAUGUAUUUGCUUGAAAAAUGA